CGCUGGAUCUGGCAACGCCGUGCAUAUCGAUAGUCGUCUUCUGAUCGCAGCGGUAUACAGCGGUAUUUAUUGCGCUGCUGCUCUCUUCUUCUUGAUAUUGAUAGUUGUUGAUCUGAUAUCCUCUGAUCGGAGCGAAAUGCUGUCGAAUUUGGCGCUGGCCAAGGGGAAGGUCGAAAUGGAGGACGCCAAGAUCAAGUUGGAGCCACAGGACGAGGUGCCGGACAGUGCCAUCAAAAUUCUGAGCGCAUGUGAUACGCUGAAAAUUUUGGACGAGGGAUCUCAAAUGAUAACAGUGCCGAUCAGGGAUCGUUUGCGUUCCGAGGACGAGCGCCUAUUUAUUGCUAGUCUUGGACUCGAUCAGCAACAGAUAUUUGCGUCUCCAUCGGAGGACAACCCAACCCCAAAAGAUUGCGAUAUUUGCCAGUAUAAGUUUAAAAGCCAACUGGAUAUAUCAAGUCACCAGGUCCACCAUGAAAUGAACCUUCAUUUCUGUCGUCUGGGCUGUGGCAUCUGGUUGGAUACUCUUGAAAAGAUCCUUGAGCACGAAUAUCGCCAGCACUCGAAUCCGGGAUAUUUGUUUGGCUGUAGGGUUUGCGAUUUUUUGGCAAAAGGCGCGGAUGACCUGGCCAGCCACAUGCAGAGGCACAUUUACGUAUAUCGCUUUGUUUGUUCCAUUUGUCGUCGGCAUUUUGAGUCCAAACAGAUUCUUAAUUUGCAUAGAAAGCAGAGCCAGACCGUUUGCAGCAGUGUGGAUUUCAGACCGGAGUUAUCGUCGAAACCAGAACUUGUGGCAGUUAGUACGCCUGUGACCUCGGAGUCGUUUUGCAAUGUGCAGAUAAAAGAGGAGCCACUUAACGCAGAGGAUGGAGAACAAAUGCUAUUGGAAGACAACCCUCCACUCAACAUAAAAUUGGAACCACAGGACGACGAAGUGCCAGAUGUGAGCAUUAAGGAGGAACAGUCCAAUGGUAGCAUCUGGCCAGCCAUCCCUACUCCGUUAAGGAAUAAACUGCGUCUGCCAGCUUUGAGCUCCAUCAAAAAGCAGACGGACUUACAAACAGGUGUUAAGCGAAAUGGACUACCAACAUCAAAUGUGAAAUCUCUUAACAAAAAAUCCAUUCACGCAGUGAUUUCCGAUAAUUCAAAUAUUCUUCCAAUCUUCAACCAAGACUCUGUGGCACAUACAAAUUCUUCGAUUGCAGCCAAUAUACUGAAAGUGUUACCUAGUAACUGCAUGGUCAUCAAGUUGCCCCCCAACACAAAAAUCUUGAAGAUGCCAGGGCAAGCACCGACUGUAGCUAAGGAAUCUCUUACUGUUACUUUGAGUGGUUCAGAGAAUUUAACAAAUGUUAUAAAGAUUCCGCAGGCGAUAAGUAUAAGUACCGUCAGUUCUGUGGACAAUCCUCCAAGUAUUGCCACUCCUGAGACUGCUAAGGCUGUGCUACCACCCCAAACUCACAGUCGAUCAUCGUGCUUCCUUGUCGAUGCGUUUAACAAAUCCGAGAGCAGACCCGAGUCCAUGAAGAUAAUCAAUGAAUUUCGUAAUCAAAUUCGCUCCAUAGAAAAGACAUUGCCACUGCCGGGAACAGUUCUACAAUCCUCCAAGGUAAAGAUAAAUGAAUCAUCGCCACAUCCCAUGGAUGCACCCAGACCCGUAGAACUACUGCUCAACCCGUUGUCUUUUAUGGUGGCGAAGGAGCUGCAGGUCCAGUACCCGCUAUAUCGUUUUAUGUGGACUUGUCCGCUAUGUCAGCGAAUUUUCGAGAAGCAUUGCGCAUUUCGCACGCAUCUAGCCAACAAGCACGACUUAACGGAUGAAAAGUGUAGCAUUCUUAAAGUGGUCUUAAUGCCAUCUAAAAUACUUUCACAGGACUCAGCAAUUGCUGCAACUGAAAUAGUGCAUGUGCCAUCGGCUACACUUGUGGAAUCGAAACCACAAACGCCUGUGCCUCCUUCAGAAUUACACAAUACUUUUACGCUAAGCGGAGUAGUUGCUCCUUUAGGAGAUCAGGCAUCACCACUAUCCAAUAUUCCUGUUAACAAAGGUUUGUUAACGACAAGUGUAAAAACAGAUUCAUCAAAAGGCUCCAAGAAGUCCAGGAACAAUCAACUGAAUUGUACGCAGUUCCAGUGCACCGAAUGCUCCAAAGUGUUUACUACUUUUGGAGCCCUCCGCAUCCACAAGUCAAUACACACGGGGGAACUGCCUCACAAGUGCAACUACUGUGACAAACGUUUCAGGACUCCUGGACAAGUGCGAGUUCACCACCGUCGUCACACCGGAGAGAAACCAUUUAAGUGCAAAAUAUGCUCAUUAGAUUUUACUCACCGGGAAACUUUAAUUUCCCACCUAUCGCGUCAUAUUGGGAUGAAGCGGUAUAAAUGCUAUGGAUGCGAUAAAUACUUCGUAGUUGUCAGCGGCUUACGUGCCCAUCGUCGUCUCCGGCCAGACACAUGUGGGAAGGUGAAGUUCACGGCUCGAGCACAUGGUCCUCGCGUGCGGGUCAUCAGGGGAGAGGUUGUGUUCGAGCAUCACCCAGAGCACAACGGCUAUCUACGCAGUGAAGACCCGCUCAACAUUUUGUCCCAACGCGAUCAAACCGACUCAACCCCACCAGAAACUGCAAAGGGUAUAAAUUAAUUGUUUUGUUUUUUUUUUUUAACACUUUAUCUUUACUGUGUUUAUUUUUGAACCAAUUAGAUAACGUCAUUUCGAUAUAGAUCGUAUUUUUUUGAAAAACACGAUGAUUUAAUACUUAGAAAGUAGGAUCUGGAUCCAUAAGAAAUUAGCAUUGAUAUUGCCAUGAAUUAUCAUUAAUUUCUAAGUUUUCAAUUAUGUUCCAACAAAGUCCAUGAAAUAUACGUAUCUGCUAUUAAAAAUAUA